GGCGCCGUUGAGCAGACAGCUUGACGGGUGUGAGUGCGCAAGCGCGCUUGAUCCACCAUCCAGGCCUUCGGGCUGUUUCCGACGGGUGUUCGCAGGGGGUCCAGCCGUCAGAGACUACAGACCUGGGCUCUGCUGGCGCCAUGGGCAGCGGCUGCCGUAUCGAAUGCAUAUUCUUCAGCGAGUUCCACCCCACGCUGGGACCCAAGAUCACCUAUCAGGUCCCUGAAGACUUCAUCUCCCGGGAGCUGUUUGACACAGUCCAAGUGUACAUCAUCACCAAGCCAGAGCUGCAGAACAAGCUUAUCACUGUCACAGCCAUGGAGAAGAAACUGAUCGGCUGCCCUGUAUGCAUCGAGCACAAGAAGUACAGCCGCAAUGCCCUGCUCUUCAACCUAGGCUUCGUGUGUGAUGCUCAGGCUAAGACCUGUGCCCUUGAGCCCAUCGUCAAAAAGCUGGCUGGCUACCUGACCACACUGGAGCUAGAGAGCAGCUUCGUGUCAACAGAGGAGAGCAAGCAGAAGUUGGUGCCCAUCAUGACCAUCUUGCUGGAGGAGCUAAAUGCCUCAGGCCGGUGCACUCUGCCCAUCGAUGAGUCCAACACCAUCCACUUGAAGGUGAUUGAGCAGCGACCUGACCCUCCUGUGGCCCAGGAGUAUGAUGUGCCUGUCUUUACCAAAGACAAGGAGGAUUUCUUCAACUCACAGUGGGACCUCACCACACAACAGAUCCUGCCCUACAUUGACGGCUUCCGCCAUGUCCAGAAGAUCUCAGCAGAGGCAGAUGUGGAGUUAAACCUGGUGCGCAUUGCCAUCCAGAACUUGCUGUAUUAUGGCGUUGUGACACUGGUGUCCAUCCUCCAGUAUUCCAAUGUGUACUGCCCGACACCCAAGGUCCAGGACCUGGUAGAUGACAAGUCCCUGCAGGAAGCGUGUUUAUCCUAUGUGACCAAGCAAGGGCACAAGAGGGCCAGUCUCCGGGAUGUGUUCCAGCUGUACUGCAGUCUGAGCCCUGGCACUACUGUGAGAGACCUCAUUGGCCGCCACCCCCAGCAGCUGCAGCGCGUUGAUGAACGGAAGCUUAUCCAGUUCGGGCUUAUGAAGAACCUCAUCCGACGACUACAGAAGUAUCCUGUGCGGGUGUCUCGGGAGGAGCGGAGCCAUCCUGCCCGGCUUUACACAGGCUGCCACAGCUACGAUGAAAUCUGUUGCAAAACAGGCAUGAGCUACCACGAGCUUGAUGAACGGCUGGAAAAUGACCCCAACAUCAUCAUCUGCUGGAAGUGAGACUGGGGUGGCCUGGUCUAGGCACAUGGCUGUGGCUACUCUGUCCUGCUAAGUCUUGCCUGGUACAUGAGGGCUAGACCAGUAGACUAGUCCAUAUUGUCUCAAGGUUGACCCUCACUUCUGUGAAUAAAAUCACCCAUUUCAA